GCACGUUGGAUUCCUCGGGCUGUUGACAUGUUCUGCAUCCUGAACGAUACAUUCCGCAUUGCCAUGUUGAUGGAAGAGGACCAGGCUGCCCAGGCGUCAGAUAAACCAGAGGAUGAAUCGGUCAAGGCGCAGAGGAAGGAAGUCUUGUCUCUGAUAUGCGAAGAUUCCCAAGAACGGCAUAUGAGGAACUUUACAAAGAUCUUAGCAGGAGCACCAUACCUGCGCAAACUUGCAUACGGAAGCGUCAAACAACAUUCCAAGCUACUGGAUGUCCUGACUGAGAUGCAGGGCAUUAUGAGUCAGGUACGGUCAGAUGAUACCAGUCACCUGAAAACUUGCAUUGGACAGUAUGCCGCCCCAAGGCCUACAGAUGAGGGGCUGAGCCCUACAAUUUUUACUGACAACAAAUCUCGUGCUAAACUUGGCGUUAAUCACCCCCAACUUGCAGCACUACUGUGUCCUAUCAAGCAUGUCAAAGCAUUUCAUGAAGAUCCAAAAAAAGUACAAGCCCAACUACAGAAUGCAGUGAUCAAGAUGCAGACGGCUGCAUGGCCUGCAUUUGCAUAUGCAGGUGAUCCACCCGGCACAGAUUUUGACCCAGACAAUGUUCAAGAAGGAUUUUUACAAGGUUAUUAUUUGAAGCGCAUGAGUAUCUCCUCUUCUCUUGUCAGUAAAGUCUCAUGUAUCUAG